UGUGCCAAGUGCAGCUCCGGCCAUGCUUUCACAGCGGUUUCAGACAGCGGUACCACCUCCAGUUUUGUUCUGAUUAUGUUUGACAAAGCGCGUUUUGCCACUGAACGUCAGUAUAUUUAACAAUGCAUUUAAACUGGGUAUUUCCCUGAGUUAAAUUCAAACUGAAUUGCAGUCGUAGAAAUGUGAGGUUUGGCUUCCCUCACUCAAACCAACACGAUUUUGAGAGGUUCAAAUACAGAUGUGUAUGGAGCUGGGAAAACAACUCUUCUAAAUUACAUACUUACAGAACAGCAUGAUAAAAGAAUAGCAGUUAUUCUGAAUGAGUUUGGAGAAGGUGUCGUCAUGCAGAUUUGUAGAUUAAUAUUGUAGUACUACUUAUAUUUCCAGGAAGUGCCUUGGAGAAAUCCCUGGCAAUCAGUCAAGGGGGAGAACUCUAUGAAGAAUGGCUGGAGCUCAGAAAUGGCUGCCUGUGCUGUUCAGUAAAGGACAGUGGUGUGAAGGCGAUUGAGAACCUGAUGCAAAGGAGAGGAAAAUUUGACUAUAUAUUGUUAGAGACAACUGGUUUGGCAGAUCCAGGAGCUGUGGCCUCCAUGUUCUGGGUUGAUUCUGAGCUUGGAAGUGAUAUCUAUCUUGAUGGUAUUGUGUCGGUUGUUGAUGCAAAGCAUGGAUUGCAGCACUUGACAGAGGAAAAGCCAGAAGGCCUUGUCAAUGAAGCAUCUCGGCAGGUUGCAUUAGCUGAUCUUAUAAUCAUCAAUAAAACAGAUUUGGUUUCAGAAGAAGAGCUGAAUAAAGUCAUAACAUGUGUCAGGUCAAUAAAUGGACUUGGUAAAAUUCUAGAGACACAAAGAUCAAGAGUUGAUCUCUCCAGUGUCUUGGACCUGCAUGCUUUUGACAGUUUAUCUGGAGUAAGUUUGCAGAAAAAGCUGGAGCAUCUGAAGACAGCCCAUGCACACCUAGACAAGGGUAUAAUUACAGUGACAUUUGAAGUUCCAGGAAAUAUAAAAGAAGAAAACUUAAACCUCUUCAUUCAGGAUCUUCUGUGGGAGAAGAAUAUGAAAGAUAAGACUGGGCACACCAUGGACAUCAUAAGACUGAAGGGACUGGUAUCUAUUCAAGGCAAAUCUCAUCAGGUGAUAGUCCAAGGUGUCCAUGAGCUCUAUGAUCUAGAAGAGACUGCAGUACCCUGGGAAGAAGGUGAAAAGAGAACAAAUAGACUGGUCCUAAUAGGCAGAAACUUGGAUAAGGAGGCAAUCAAAGAAGUUUUCAUAUCCACUGUCAUAGUUUAAGCCCAGCGGAUAAUUCAGCACCCUGCAACCAUUUGCUCUCCUCCCCUUCUCUCACCUGCUCCAGGUUGGAUGGGGAGGAGAACUGAAAGAAUAUAAACCCCACAGGUUGGGAUAAGAACAAAAUCUAAAGUAUAAUACAAAACCACUAUUACUAGUAAUAAUGAUAAGGGAAAUAACAAGAGAAGAAAAUAUAAAACUAAAAAGGGGAAAAAAAAGCAGCCAUCAGUAAACAAAAGUGAUGCACAAUACAACUGAUUACCAUCCACAAACCGAUACCCAGCUCAACUCAAGAAGCAAUCUGAUCUUCCGAGUGACUCCCUACAGUUUAUAUACUGGGCAUGAUGUGCUGUGGUAUGACAUGCUGUGGUACCCUUUUGGCUAGUUUGGGUAUGGUCUCAUGUCUCUGCUCUCUCCAGGCUUCUCAUGCCCCUUCUCACUGGCAGAGCAUGGGAGACUGAAAAGUCUCAGGUACGAUCAGGGUUAAGCAUUACUGAGCAACAGCUAAAAUGCCAGUGUGUUAUCGACACUGUUUGCAGACUAAAGCUGAAACUCAGCACUGCACCAGCUACUAGGAAGGAGAAAACUGUUACAGUUGAACCCAAGACUGUCACAGUGAGAAAUAAGGAAAUGGUUGACAUCAAACUACAAAAAAGAUGAAAUGUGUGUACUUAACCCUGCAAGCUUUUUAUGACAAAAAGACUGAAUGAAAUGCAAUAUAGCAGUUUCUUUUUCCUCUCAGUUUACACAACAGUUAAAUCCUGAAUUUCUUCUAAGAAUCUGAGGUGACCUGCCAUAGGACCUUUAAUAGUCUACGAUCAAACACAAAGAAUUCAACAUUUUGGAUCUGGCUUAAAGUUCAUGGAAUCAUAGAAUCACAGAAUACUUGGGUUGGAAGCAACCUUCAGAGGUCAGCUAGUUCAAUCCCCAGGUUAUAUCAGUAGCAUUAUGUACCUGUGCAGAAAUGCAAACAGGAAAAAGGCUGUUGACUGUGCUGUGCAUCAGGUGUUACAUAGGAAUAUGGUAAACAUGUUUUAAGCCUAGUGCCUUCUUCCAGCCAACUCUCUUGCUGCUGGAAAUGAAGCAACAGUGAUUAUUGCAAGUGAUGUAAUCACAGUAAAAAGUGUUUAGAGUUUACAAUUAAACUGUCUUCCAUCUC